CGACGUAGUCCUUGCCUCUCUCAUUCACAUCACAUGCCAGCACAUUGGUUCGCAAACUAAAACUAAAGGAAUUUUUCAUAGGCUGUAUACGCAGCACGCCUACAACUGCGCAUGCCCCAGGCCAGACCCAGACUCAUUCCCAGUGCCACAAGCAACUCGAGGCCGACACAUUGCUGGAGCGAAGCAGCAGCGACAGCAGCAGCAGCAGCAGCAGCAGGUGACAGCAGCGACACCUUGUGAAAUCUCUCAAGGCUAUAUCUACAUUGACAUGGCCGCUGUGGUUCAUGGCUGCAAUAGUCCGCGGCAGCGUUCCUGCAAUGGCAGCAGUUCACCAGGGGCCCAUCAUGGUGGUGGUGGUGGCUCUGGGUCAACACCAUCGAAUCCUGCUCCUCCUGGUAUAUACACAACCAUGCCGAAAUAUUCACGCACUGCCAGCCAAACCUUAUAUGCCACAAGUCAGCAAAUUUUUGCAAGCGGCAUGGGUGUAAGCCUACCCGAGAGCCAAUACAAUAAUGGACCACUGUAUAUGGGCGGUGGCGGCGGAGGGCGUCCUCUAUCCGCUUCAGCCUUGCCAGAGACAGCGGCCGCUAGUCGCAGCUAUUGGGGUGGCGGCGGCGGUGGCGGUCAUCAGCCGCAAUCGCAUGCCGCCUUCUAUCAUUCAAGUGGCAGGCAUUAUAAUAAACGUAAAUCGGCUGUGGAACUGCUUGCAGAAUCCAAACCCUUCUAUAUAAAGUCAGAUGCGGUAUUUGAGCGACUGCAACAGUCUAGCUAUCGGGGAGGAGGAAGUGCGGCUGUGAAUGGAGCCAGCGCCAAGCGAGGACGUCGUCCGGAAGAGGCACAUGGUGGUCAUGGACAUUAUCAGUCACAAUAUGAUGAUUUAGAGGAUCGUCGUUAUAUGAGCAUGACCAGGCAACAGCAACAGCAGGCUCAGCAAUAUCUGCACAAUCAUCAUGUACAGCAUUCGCACCAACAGCAACAGCAGCAGCAGCAGCAACAGCAACAACAACAACAACAACAUCAGCAACAGCAGCAGCAGCAGCAACAACAUUCACAUCGUGGUCAGAGUCAAGGACGCUCUGGAUCAACCAUGAACAAUAAUUUGCUGCAACAUAAGCUACGCAUGCUGCUCGGUUCGGAGGCAAGCAAAGAGCGAGAACGGGAACGUCGACGAAACGAAGGCAGCUGUGAGCUCCUGGCCACAGACUAUGGGGAAGAGGAUGGUGCAGCUGCAUUAAGGAUACCGCCGCCCCUCUAUAUGCCUGGACAUGGUUUCGGUCGCGAUUCGUCUGCCUAUAAUAGUGGGGGGGAGGAGCCUUUGGUACUCACCGAGAACUAUAGGCCCAUUAGUCCGCCAGCGGAAUAUGCAGCAAAAUCGGGUCAAGCGCACAAUGAUCGCUAUAGGUACAAUUAUCAACGCUCUUAUUCGCACUCUCAUGAAGUUGCCCAUAACGAUGGGCGGGCCCCUUACCCGGGGAAUGACUUCAAUAUCAACAGCCAUAAGUCACUGCCGGAUUUACACACCCAAAUCAGUCGUCAUUCGCCGCACAGUGAGAUUUUAAGUUGCUGCAGUCGCGGUAAUCGCUCCAUCAAAUCAGCCGGAGAAUCCUCAAUAAAUCGGGACUCGGGCGGCAGUUCCGGACACUACACACAUCGUAGUGAGCCCUGCUACAAGCGCGAACGUCAACGGGAACCAAAUGCAGCCACCAUGAGCGGUGGAACCAUUAAAAACUGUUGCACCUUGGUGGCAGGAGGCCCACGACGAGACAGCGGCUCCUCGACUCAGCAUAGUGCCAAUUCAUAUUGCGGCUAUGUGACACCGAGUGGACGCACAACCGAUUGUCUGGACUGUCGCUGCAAACAGGAUACCACACCAAUGAUGUCCAGUCUGGGGGGCUAUGACAUGAAUUCAGGUGCCUCAGAUUAUUUGCUCAACUUUACACCCACGCCAGAGGUGCCAGAGGCCUUUCAGGAUGACUAUACACCGACACCGCCUUCGCCGCGCCCCAAAACGCAGACAACGCCGCGCUACUCGAGCUCAUCGAGCCAGCAGAUGCACACCAGUUCGCAGGGCUACACCAGUAUCAAUCACUCGCAAAGCUCACUCGUUCAGAGUCCGGGUUCGGCUCCCUCGGUGGAUGAUAUCAGUCCGCCGCCCAUACAAUUCAAGCGACAGCGUUGCAUUCGUUUCAAGAAUCGCAAUCGCUUGCCGGUGCAGCCACAGCCGAGAACAUCACCCAUCAAUAGUAGCGGUGUGGAGAUGUCCAGCGGCGGUGGCGGCGGCGGAUACAAGUCCAGCGGCCAGCAGCGUGGCAGCUUGGAGCAUGAGAAUGUCUUCUUUCCCAAAGGUUUCUCAACUGAUGGUGGCAACUACGCUGCCCACACCACCAUGGAUAUGGAGAGGGAGGCACUUAAUGCCAGUAUCUCGGAACUGGAGAAGUUCUUCGAUCGCCUGGGCCUUAACGAUGAGGCCUUUCAUGAGAUCUACAGUCAGCCAAGAAGGCAACAUAAUCCAGAAACUGAUUCGGAUGACUCGAGUACGGUGUUCUUUUCGGAUGUCAGUACGGUGGAUUCGAUGCGUUUGCCCGAUAGCACUGAGACACAGCCGCAGACAACACAAGCCUAUCGGCCAUCGGAGCCCCCGUCGAUUGUGGAGCGGAAUGCUCGGAUUAUCAAAUGGCUGUGCAAUUGCAAGAAAAUGCAGUGUGCCUGAGGAUUACCACCACCACCAGCAGCAGUGCCACUGUCAACCUGUGGCUGUAGUUGUAUGCGGCAGUAAAUAAUAAAAGGGCGGAUCUGUGGGGCUUUGACCCCUAAAGUAUGCAAUGCCCUUUCGGACUCCUUCUGGCAUGCUUUAAGGGGGUAAAGUUCAUAGCUUUUGAUCCGUCGCUGAUAGGAUAAAUCUAGAUCUACUUACACAAACAUAUAACAAACACUCUGCUCAAAAAACAAGUCAAGUCGAAGUCGAAGUUCAAAUCAAAUUAGAAUUAUUUAGCAUCACCUACCUGUACAAUGGAAUUUCGGAUUAUGAAAUAUGUAUGUGUGUUUUUCCUCUACUUUGCAGAUCAAUUACAAAUUUCAAAUUGAUAUUGAUAUUGAUUACAAAACUAUAACUAAUCAAAUAGCUAAACAAAACAAAAACAAA